AAAACUCAUCCUCUGGUCUCGUCCCGCCCAUGUUUGGUCUUCCGACUCUUCUCCUCCCAACUCUCCUCUCAACUCUCCUCCGACUUUUCUCCUCCCAACUCUCCUCUACACUUUGCACAACAUCUGGUCUCCUCUUAGUCCCCAUCGGUCAUAGCAAGAAUGCAAGACAACUCUCACAGAGCUUACCCUUUCACACCUUCUGUAACUGGAGUUACUGGACUGCGAUUGAUCACUGAUCUGUACACCAUAUCAUCUCCAAUUUCAGGUAAUCUUUCAAGUAAGCAUUGAUUUUACUGGACAGCAAUUAAGCAUUUUAUAGUUU